GCGCGUGCGCGACACGCGGCGCUGCGCGGCUCCCCGCCGUCUGCUGCUCCGCUCCGCGCGUACGUCGUGUUUACGUUCGUGGACAGUCCUGCGAGAACGUCUGGCCGGGGCGGGACGUGAUAAGGCCGUGUCAACGUAUACGAUGGCUCAGAUCGACCCCAGAAUCCCGGAUCUGGCGGACACAGCCACUCCUUUUGGUGUACCGCUAUCUGGAAUAUAUAAGCGAAGUUACGCUCAUGCGACAAUCAAGGACAGGCUGCCGGUGAUAUUAACGAAGAUCAUCGAUACGUUCUGUCAGACUAAAAAUAAAAUCACAGCUACAUAUGGACCGAGAGCCGAGGAGGAUAUCAAAGAGAUCAUAGGAUUCAUAGGUAAACUGAAAAAUGAAAUGGUUACUAACAAAACCUUAAGGCCAUUGCGUUUAAACGAAACCGUUGCCAACGACGCAGAGGAGUGGAAUAAAUAUUUAGAGCGUAGAACGUCAGUAGAGGGCAAAACGCCCAUGUGGUUCAACACGAUAUGGCUGUAUUGCGAGGGCUACAUGUAUCGUGCAUUAGCUCAGGAAAUUAGUUUGACGAGUACCCUACACAGUUACGAUCCAUUUGAGUGCUACAAGCAGGAUGACUUUAUCAACUCACUCGACUCGAUAGAAUUAAUAGCCUCGUAUGUAAAAGACAUAAUAUGCAACAAGGAAUACAAUGUGGAGAACUCGAAGAAGGACUUCCUGAAAUUUUUGCAGUUGAGCCUCUGGGGUAACAGGCAUGAUCUGUCCGCAAGUGCAGGUUCCCCUUGCAACAGCACUGAUAAUCCAUUGAUGACAGUAGAGUUCUUAAAUAAGAAUAUAGUAGUGAAUAAUUCGGAGAUUGUGUGGGACAUUGUAAAGAAAAAGAUGAAAGAAACCGAUGAUAUUCAUAUAGUACUUGAUAAUGCAGGAUAUGAAUUCUUUACUGACUUAUGUUUAGCCGCUUUUUUGGUUACUAUCGUACCUACGACCAAAAUAACGUUUCACGUAAAGCUGUAUCCGUGGUACUUGAGUGAUACAACUAAUCGUGAUUUUCUCUGGACAUUAGAUUACAUGGGUAGACUAAACGAUCGCCCAAAUAUACAAUUAUUGAGUAAGACGCUCGAAAGUCUAAUGGACCGUAAAAUUUGGUGUGUUAAGGAAGAACCCUAUUGGACAGGACCGUACGAUUUUACGCAAAUGAAAGAAAAGGAGAAAAAUAUAUAUACUCAAUUUUCCGACGCUAAAUUAGUAAUAUUUAAGGGUGAUCUGAAUUAUAGAAAACUUCUCGGUGACAUGAAUUUUGAAUAUAACACAAGCUUUGCAGCUGCGUUGGGAGAUUUUCAACCUACGAAUAUUUUGAGCUUACGUACUAUGAAAUCCGAUAUUUGUGUUGGAUUACCAAACGAUAUGGCUGAAUUCUUCGAAGCGAAUAAAACUAAACUGACAACCGGGGAGUAUGGUCUUAUUCAAGCAGCUAUGUUUAAAAUUUAAAGUAUUAUGAAAUAAAACUUUAAAUGCUUUUGAAUUAUUACUGUACAAAUUAUAUGAAGUUACGUAACAUGGUAUUUGUACAUAUACAGAGAUACAUGAAAAUAUAUAUGUAAAACUGACAUUCAUGUAAAAAGAAUCUUUAUAUUUGUUGUAACUUAUUCAUAUUUAUUCUGUAUCAUGUAUGUUAAUCAUUGAAUCUGUUAUACCUCUCUUGUACAUAUUUCUAUAUUUAUGUAUAUAUGUAUAUACAUAAAAUAUAUUUAAUUACAAUUAAUUUCUAGUACUUUACAUUGUAAUUUUCAUCUACAUGUUAAACUGAACUAUUCUGUAUGUGUUUGUCACUUUGUGGGAUGUAAAUUUUUCUAUGACCAGUUUAGUCAUUAAAAUAAAUGCUGCUGAUUUAUGACUGAGUAAUGAUAUAAACAUGACAAGGAUUUCUUAAUGUUUAUAAGUUGCCAGUGUAUAAUAAUGAUCUUUUACAAGUUUAACAAGUCUGUACAACUUAAAAGUGCUUAGAGCAUCGUAGUAUUAAAAUUUCUUGCUUCAUCCUCGUUACAAUUAAACAAUAUGCUUUUAACUGAUUGAAGUUAUCACAAAUCUGUUGUUGAUUGCCUAUUCGGUAAGUUAUGACACGCUCUUCAUAUAUCAGUUAUUAUACAAUUUAAAAUAUGACUUAAUCUUACUUUUUUAUACUUGUACAUAUAAGUCGAAGAGAAAUUUAAUACGAAGUGAUAAAUGUUGAUUAUUCCUUGUUUAUUGUAUUUUAAUCGAUAUAUUACAUACGUAUGUGCACAUAAAAUAAUAAAGCAAGCCUGUUAGAAUAUAAUACUACGUUUAUACAAAGUAUUCAAGUAUACAAAAUUAAAUUCUCUACGUUUUGAUUAAAAUGAUUUGACAUUAAUUUCAUGCUUUCUAUACUUUCAGUAUAAUAAAUUUAUCACACCAAUUGUAAGUUGUAAAUAAAUUUUAUACUAAAUGUAAGAAACAAUUGCAGCAAGUAUGUCCCGUACGAUUUAAUAUCUACACAAUCGUACAAUGAUUAGCAGGCAAAUUUUCUAAAUUGAUAAUUGGACAUUUUCAAGAAGUCGUUAGAAUUUUUGAUUCAUAAGUUUUUGUAACAAAUAUUCAGAUAUAAAGAUAUGUUCUUCAUUGUAAAACUUCAAUUGCGAAUAAUGCCAUGUAUGUUUAUAAUUGAUAGAAUUUGAAAGAGAUUUAGAUCUCGCGCAUAGCAUCAGUUGCAAUAUUUAUAUUAUCAUCAUAUAUAUAUAAAAAACAUUGUAUAUUCUGUUCCAUACUUAAUUAGAAUUUAUUUAACUGUACUUGAUUGUUUAUAUCAAAGUAUCAUGAAAGAGAUAAGUGGCAAUAGAGCACUCUCAUCAAUGGAUUUUAAGACUAUAAUAGAAAUCUGUGUAUAUCAGUACUCAUAAAAUGUUUAAUAAAAUUCUCUUAGUUCC